AAGGAACAGUUACAGCUGGAGAAAGAAAAAAAGCUUGUAACUCGUGAGAGGGAAAUUUUGGAAGGAAAUCGAAUACCGGACAAUACAACAGAUUUUGAUCGUAUGGUUGCAGGCACGCCAAACUCGUCCACUUUGUGGAUUCGAUACAUAUCGUUCUUUUUGGAAAAAAAUGAUAUUGAAAAAGCUCGAGCAGUGGCCGAACGAGCACUAUCCGAAACGGACGAGUUGUUAGAAGAUAUGCUGAAACGAUUCCGCCAUGAUGAUUUAGAUGUUUGGUUCAUCUACGGGCAACAUCUGCUGGAAACAAAGCGUGAGCAGAAAGCACGUGAACUGAUGAAAAAAGCAGUCAACUGUUUACCUCAAAAAUACCAUGUAUCAGUUUUGAGUCGUUUUGCGCAACUGGAAUUUAAAUAUGGCGAUUUGGAACAGAGCAAAACAAUUUUUGAGAGUAUCCUGAACUCGCAGUUACUUGAACGGGUUACAGCGCUCAAAUUAUCCACUCAUAAAAUGCGAUUAUUUUUCAAAAAAUGGAUGGAUUUGGAGCAAAAAUUUGGUACUGAAAAACAGCAGACUACGGUCAAAGAACGAGCCAUGGAAUAUUUGGAGGAUAUCGCCGGAACACUCACUGAGGCGUAG